CAAGGGUUGUUUAGUGCUAAUGAAAGGACGUGAAGUUGUGAGGAUGGAUAUCCAUCGUUAGAACGUGACUUUAACUAUGCUGUUUCCGAUAAUACAAGUAACGUUAGUUGGCUGUUUUAGUUAGCUUGUCUUUUGACACGGACUUUUUUUAUCGUACCAGUAAAGACCAGUGCACUACAGCAGAUAGUUCAGAGCUACUAAUAUUAGUUUCUUUAUGCUUGAAGGGAUGGAAUCACAAUGCGAGUAUUUUAUGUAUUUUCCUACUGCUCCAUUAUCGAGUCUGUCAGAUCCGGCGGAGUACACUACUCUUCCGCGGCGAAACCACGUUUACUUCGGGGAGACCGUCCAGUUCCUGCUGGUCCUGCGCCGGAACGCGGUGGGUAGGGAUGACGGCUCCGGUGUUUCGCUUUGGAGGGACCUGGUGGGUUCUCUGUCUGCUCUGGCGAGUGUGUGCGUCGCCGAGAGUCAGCAGCUGAGACCCAGUGUCGGUGAAUACCAGCCAGACCUCCAGAGCAGCUUCAGCGAGGACGGCGGAGAAGAGGAGCCAGGAGUGGAGUCUGAAACCGCAGACAACCGGGGAACAAUACCGGACAGUAACCGGGUUUUCAGACAGUGCAGCCCACUUCUUAUGCACAGCUCGGCCAGUGAGGGACGACAGUAUGGGAGGGAACCGGAGAAGUCUGCUCUGGUGUUGGACGACCAGGUUAUCUUCUGUCUCACUGUCUCUUUGGACAAGCUGCCAGUCAACACAGUCAAAGCCAAGGUCAGAAACACCUGCAUACAAACAAAGGGAGUUGGAUAUGACAUCAGCACCAUCCUGAAUGUUCUUCCACCUCCCACAGUCCAGUGUCAGCAGAUGACUGUCUCUGGAAAGCACCUGACUGUCCUAAAAGUGUUAAACUGCAGCUCUCAGGAGGAGGUGUGUGUCAGAGAUGUGAAGAUCCUUCCUAACUUUAACUCGUCCUACCUCCCAAUGAUGCCAGAUGGUUCAGUUCUCAGAGUCGACAAUGUCUGCCACCAAUCAGCUGAGGUCAACAUGGCUUCAUUCUAUCGGAUAGACAGUGAGUCAUCACGUUUACCCAGCAUGCUCAGUGCCCUGGAGGAACAGAACUUCCUGUUUCAGCUGCAGCUACAAGACAAAGCAGAGGAGGACUCCAGUGAGGGUUUGGAAGUCUCAUUGGUCGCUGUGUUACAAUGGUACACUCCAACACUGCCUUCCACAAGAUACAUUUCUAGUUUUUACUCAUUGCCCAGUAUCUGCUUGGAUCGUCCUCGGUUGGUGAUGACAGCUUCCUGUCCCAGUGUGGUCAGGCCUCUGGAACACUUCUGGGUAAAAUACACCCUGCUGAACAACUUGCGGGACUUCCUGGCCGUCCGUCUGAUCUGGAAUUCUGAUGCUCAAAGUGGAGAUAAGCAGGACCCUAGAGGGGCAGUGGUGUGCCAGUCUUCCCUCAACCACCUGGGACAGUGUAGGAAGGGCUCCACCCUCUCAUUCACUGUGGCCUUCCAGAUCCUAAGGAUUGGACUUUUUGAGUUGAGCCAGCAUAUGAAACUGAAGCUCCAGUUUAUAGCCUCGGUGUCCACCCCUCCAGUGGAACCCCGAUCGCCACUGAGGACCUCAUCUAUGUCAUCCAGCCCUGCAGUCAGCAAGCUGCUGGACGUACACAGGCUAAGCCGAUCCCAGAGCUUUUCAUAUCCGCAUCUAUCCAGGUCUCACCAGGUCAGGUCAGGCAGUGUGGUGGAUUGUGGGGCCAUCACCCCUCCUGUUGGAUCUCCAACGGGCAGAGCACUCUACCUGCCCCCUGACCACAGCAUCAUUUCAAUGGACAAAAUAGCCAAGAGAGAGUGUAAGGUGUUGGUGCUGGAACCAAUCCAAGAGGCACACAGCAGAUAACCUGGAGUGAAAGGAUCUACUGGAGACAUAUAGAGAAACAAUGUGCUGCAGUCAACAAGACGAGGAACAGAGAAGAAUGGAAACAAAAAUGAUUGGCUAGAGAGGAGGAGUUGUGCUGAUGAGGAGAGAGGAGGGGAUAGAGUGAUGCUGCAUAGUAGAGAUGAUAAAAGAAAAGAAAAGCC